UCUUUUUUUUUUUGUGGGAUUACUAUUUCCACUCAUGUAAAGCCUUCGAGUACUUUGUCCAUCUACUGUUGUGACUGAAAUGCUCAGAUGGAAAACUAUACAUACAACAGCCUCACUCUUCAGCUCGAGGGGUUAAUGGUCACCAAGACUAACAAGUACCCUGUCUUCUUAUUUCUGCUCUUGGCCUAUGUUUUCAUCUUAAUUGCCAACAUGGGAAUCGUGAUCUUGAUAUGGAAGAAUAGAAGCCUCCAUCAGCCGAUGUAUCUCCUCUUCUGUAACCUGUCGAUAAAUGAUGUCAUGGGAAACUCUCUCCUGGUUCCACGGGUGCUCGCAGACAUCCUGGUGCCCCCCUCUGAGCGCAUUAUUCACUACUAUGAGUGUCUGAUGCAAGCUUUUACCGGACAUAUGUUCGGCACCAACUCACACACAGUGCUCAUGAUUAUGGCCUUUGACAGAUAUGUGGCCAUCUGUAAUCCCCUGCGAUAUGCUACGAUAAUGAACGGCAAAAUGGUGAUCAAGCUGACAGUUUCUGCCUGGGGAGUGUCCUUUGUUUUGGUGGCCAUUCUGCUCAGUCUGACCAUACGACUGAACCGAUGCAGGACUCUGAUCACAAACCCUUUCUGUGAUAAUCCCUCGCUCUAUAAACUCUCCUGUGAGGAUGUGUUCAUCAAUAACGUCUAUGGCCUCGCUUUCACUGUCGUCCUUCUCUCGUCCUCUAUAUGCAGUAUAAUUCUCACAUAUUCUAAUAUCACAGCAGCCUGUCUGACUAGUAAUAGCAAAUCUUUGAACAGUAAAGCCUUGAAGACCUGCAGCACUCAUCUGUGCCUGUAUUUGAUCAUGCUUGUCACUGGGCUGAUCCCCAUCGCCCUUCACCGCUUCCCCCAGUUCCCAGAGUACAGGAAGAUUUCAGUCAUUCUCUUUUGCAUUGUUCCCGGCAGCCUCAACCCUGUUAUCUAUGGGCUGCAAUCCCAAGAAAUACUCAAGUGUUUGUCAAAACUAUUCCACCUUGAAAGAGUUAAACCAUCAUUUUAA